UCUGACAUCCACAUGCUGCACGGCCUGAAAAGGCAGGGGGGAGCCGGAGGGGAAGCAGAGAACGCGAGCGAGGCAGCAGCCCGCAGCCCGCCCCCAGCACAUCCUCAGACGCGCAGACACACGGCGAGGCGCUGGGCGAGGUGGAGGUGAAGGCGGGCGCGAGCGAACUCGGAGAGGGGCUCGCGCUUUCCAGGCGAUCCCAGCCGCCGCCGCACCACCAGCAGCAGCAACAGCAACAGCGGCAGCGGCAGCAGCAGCUUCCUUCCUCAGACUCCCCUCGUGAGUCUGGCCAAGCGGGUGUAGCCGCUGGGGGAGGCUCCCGCUAGGGGAACUCGGCGAGGGCAAGAGCCCGGCGGCUGCCUCCCACUCCGGCUGUGGGGCUGUCCGGCUGUAGGUGCCUCCGCCCGCGUGUCGGUCCCGGGUGCCGGGAGAUGUGUGUCAGUUUACGCCUCUGAGAUCACACAGCUGCCUGGGAGCCGUGUGAUGCCCAAGGCAAGUCUUGGCUUUUAUUUUUAUUUAAAAAAAAAAUUUUUUUUUUACGUUUGGCUUUCGGGAAAUAUUCGUGAUGUUGUAGGAUAAAGGAAAUGAUACUUUGAGGAAUUGGAGAAGACAUAGAUCCGUUUUGUUUUUAAGAGAGGAAACCCGUCCUGUCUUUCCCGGCUUGCUCCCUCUUUGCUGGUUUGAAGAGCGACCCUCCUCCUGACGAGGUGGGGAUCCAGCAAGAAUAAAGGUGAAGACGGGCCGCCAGGACCCAGGAGGGAGACACUGACCAUUAGAAACCUUUGCAGAAGACACUGUAAGGAAGAACAUAAGCGUGAGAAAAACACAAAGACUUACAAUUACACAAGAAACCUACAAACCCAGCUCUGGAGACAGCCUCCUUCUCCAAAAUGGAUAUGUUUCCUCUCACCUGGGUUUUCUUAGCUCUCUACUUUUCAGGACGCGAAGUGAGAGGCCAACCAGACCCACCCUGUGGAGGUCGUUUGAAUUCCAAAGAUGCUGGCUACAUCACCUCCCCAGGUUACCCCCAGGACUACCCCUCCCACCAGAACUGCGAGUGGAUUGUUUACGCCCCGGAACCCAACCAGAAGAUUGUCCUCAACUUCAACCCUCACUUUGAAAUCGAGAAGCACGACUGCAAGUAUGACUUCAUUGAGAUUCGGGACGGGGACAGUGAAUCCGCAGACCUCCUGGGAAAGCACUGUGGGAACAUUGCUCCACCCACCAUCAUCUCCUCGGGCUCCAUGCUCUACAUCAAAUUCACCUCCGACUACGCCCGGCAGGGGGCAGGCUUCUCCCUGCGCUAUGAGAUCUUCAAGACAGGCUCCGAAGACUGUUCAAAGAACUUCACAAGCCCCAACGGGACCAUCGAAUCCCCUGGGUUCCCUGAGAAGUACCCACACAACUUAGACUGCACCUUUACCAUCCUGGCCAAGCCCAAGAUGGAGAUCAUCCUGCAGUUUCUGACCUUUGACCUGGAGCAUGACCCCUUGCUGGUGGGAGAGGGAGACUGCAAAUACGAUUGGCUGGACAUCUGGGAUGGCAUUCCCCAUGUUGGACCCCUGAUUGGCAAGUACUGUGGGACCAAAACACCCUCUGAACUCCGUUCGUCGACUGGAAUCCUCUCUCUGACCUUUCAUACGGACAUGGCAGUGGCCAAGGAUGGCUUCUCUGCACGUUACUACCUGGUCCACCAAGAGCCGAUAGAGAACUUUCAGUGCAAUGUCCCUCUGGGAAUGGAGUCUGGCAGGAUUGCUAAUGAACAGAUCAGUGCCUCAUCUACCUACUCUGAUGGGAGGUGGAGACCUCAGCAAAGCCGGCUCCAUGGUGAUGACAAUGGCUGGACACCCAACUUGGAUUCCAGCAAGGAGUAUCUCCAGGUGGACCUACGCUUUCUGACCAUGCUCACGGCCAUUGCAACACAGGGCGCAAUUUCCAGGGAAACGCAGAAUGGCUAUUAUGUCAAAUCCUAUAAGCUGGAAGUCAGCACUAACGGUGAAGAUUGGAUGGUGUACCGGCACGGCAAAAACCACAAGGUAUUCCAAGCCAACAAUGAUGCAACAGAGGUGGUUUUGAACAAGCUGCACACGCCGUUGCUAACGAGGUUCGUCAGGGUCCGCCCUCAGACCUGGCACUCGGGCAUCGCCCUCCGGUUGGAGCUCUUUGGCUGCCGGGUCACAGACGCCCCCUGCUCCAACAUGCUGGGGAUGCUUUCCGGCCUCAUCGCCGACCCCCAGAUCUCUGCCUCCUCCACGCGAGAGUACCUCUGGAGCCCCAGUGCCGCCCGCCUGGUCAGCAGCCGCUCAGGCUGGUUCCCUCGGAUCCCUCAGGCCCAGCCGGGUGAGGAGUGGCUUCAGGUGGACCUGGGAGCGCCCAAGACGGUGAAAGGCGUCAUCAUCCAGGGAGCCCGAGGAGGAGACAGCAUCACUGCGGUGGAAGCCAGGGCAUUUGUGCGCAAGUUCAAAGUCUCCUACGGUCUAAACGGCAAGGACUGGGAAUACAUCCAGGACCCCAGGACCCAGCAGCCGAAGCUCUUUGAAGGGAAUAUGCACUACGACACCCCUGACAUCCGAAGGUUCGACCCCGUCCUGGCACAGUACGUGCGGGUGUACCCCGAGAGGUGGUCACCGGCAGGAAUCGGGAUGCGGCUGGAGGUGCUUGGCUGUGACUGGACAGACGCCAAGCCCACAGUAGAGACGCUGGGACCCACCAUGAAGAGUGAAGAGACCACCACCUCAUAUCCCAUUGAUGAGGAGACCACAGAGUGUGGGGAGAACUGCAGCUUUGAGGAUGACAAAGAUUUGCAGCUCCCUUCAGGAUUCAACUGCAACUUUGAUUUCCCGGAGGAGACCUGUGGUUGGAUGUACGACCAUGCCAAGUGGCUCAGAAGCACCUGGACCAGCAGCUCCAGCCCAAACGACCGGACAUUUCCAGAUGACAGGAAUUUCUUGCGGCUGCAGAGUGACGGGCGGCGAGAAGGCCAGUACGCGCGGCUCAUCAGCCCACCGGUCCACCUGCCACGAAGCCCUGUGUGCAUGGAGUUCCAGUACCAAGCCACCGGCGACCGCGGGGUGGCGCUGCAGGUGGUACGCGAAGCCAGCCAGGAGAGCAAGCUCCUGUGGAUCAUCCGCGAGGACCAGGGCAGCGAGUGGAAACACGGGCGGCUCAUCCUGCCCAGCUACGACAUGGAGUAUCAGAUUGUGUUCGAGGGAGUUAUAGGAAAAGGACGUUCGGGAGAAAUUGCCAUUGAUGACAUUCGGAUAAGCACCGACGUCCCGCUGGAGAACUGUAUGGAACCCAUCUCAGCUUUUGCAGGUGAGAAUUUUAAAGUGGACAUCCCAGAAAUACACGGGAGAGAGGGCUAUGAAGACGAAAUUGAUGAUGAGUACGAGGUGGACUGGAGCAACGCUUCUUCCCCAACCUCAGGGGCCGGUGCCCCUUCAGCCGACAAGGAAAAGAGCUGGCUCUACACGCUGGAUCCCAUCCUUAUCACCAUCAUCGCCAUGAGCUCGCUGGGCGUCCUCCUGGGGGCCACGUGCGCGGGGCUGCUGCUCUACUGCACCUGUUCCUACUCGGGCCUGAGCUCCCGCAGCUGCACCACCCUGGAGAACUACAACUUCGAGCUCUACGACGGCCUCAAGCACAAGGUCAAGAUGAACCACCAGAAGUGCUGCUCAGAGGCGUGACGGAUUGCACCCCAAUCACAUCUGACAUUUCAUUCCAGCAAAAGAGGCUCGUGAAGAUUACAAUUUUUUUUCCUUUGGAAACUGAAUGCCAUAAUCUCGAUCCAACCAAUCCAGAAUACCGAAGGUGUGGACACGCUAGACAGGCGAGGUGAGAGGAGGGGCGAUGCAGCCGCACUGGGGGAGUUACGACCCACCUAGCACCCCGGUGGCGGAGUCAUUGCUGGGACGAAGACGGGAGCUCAUCUCUUUGGGGUUAGAGUCCUAUUUUGUUUGUGAGUUUGUUAGUAUUUUAUUUCUUUGGUCUGUGAGCAACUCAAGGAGGCAGAAAAGAAUGACUUUUCCAGUAGAGAAGCAGAGCGGUGAUCAUUAUUCUCAGCUUUCUCUUUCCAAUCAACACUUGAAAAGCAAAGAGCCUUUUCAGACUUUAAAUCUUUAGGAAAAAAAUUUAAAAAAAAAAAAAAAAAGCUGUCCAGCAUAUCCUGUCCUCCGGUCCUCUCACGACUUACGGGAUUUGCUGUGGUGUCCGUUCUGCCAGCCAACCCUACAAGCUGCCGUUUCCAGUCCUAGCAUUUAAGUAGGAUGUUGUUGCCUUUAAAUUUUUUUAUCCAGGGGAAAAUUGCCAUUUUAGGGUCAGCAUGAACAGCUAUUUCUUAUAUGUGAUUUAAAACAAACCAGAAAGGAAACUUCACACGUCAAAACCCAUAGAAGCACCUCCAUGUUAGAAGUGGACAGGCCUUAACAUGCUUUGUGAAUAGGAGCCAUUCAGACCAGAAUUUGCGGCUGUGAGGCUGCCCUGGGGGGCCUCUGGGGGUGGUUUUGUUUUUCUCUUUUCCCUCCACCUUGUGCUUCUAAAACAUAUACAUACACACACGUGCACACACAUGCACACACACGCACAUUUGUCCAUUCUCUAAGCUCCAGGAAAUAGCAUCGUUUGAUAUUUUCAGAGAUGGGGUGGGGAAACACAGGCCUUUAGUAUGUUUUCUGUGUCAGUGAGAUGUAACUGGUGAGCACUGCAUGGAAAGGAGAACACUGGAGAGGGAAAAAGAAGUCCACCCCCUGUGAUCAGGUGAUGACAAAGGCUGAGCAGACUGUACAGAGAUGUUUUGAUGAAUUAGUCUCUCUGAUAGGCUAGUAAACAUUGAUUUCUCCUUGGGGUUACAGCCACCACCUCAACCUUUUAGGGAAGUCCGUCCCAGGAGGUAUGCAAGUCUAACCUGACGACUGUAAGCACUGUGGGCCAAAAUGCAAAUAACACUGCUUCAACCCCAGAGAGAACUAUGUUCACACACACACACACACACACACACACACAUGCGCGCACGCGCGCCAAUUUAUGUGUUUUUAUUAAGUGCCUUGAGGAACAUGAAGAAAACAAUGUACUUUCCCUCUAUGUAGAAAUCAGUGAAUAUCAUACAUGUUAAGGCAUCCCUCCUUCCCUAACCCCAAUGGCUCCAAUCUCAGUCCCCUCACCUCACCGCUGAUCCUAUCAAUGGAAUGAGCCCUGCUACCCGAGUAGUAGUCGUAGCCCUAGAUGACUCCCCACUACUCUAGAAGGGGAGGCAUCAGGAAUAGAGUGAAACUGUGUGAAGGGUAAGAUUGUCCACGUCAAGAUCCAAAUCUGACUUUGUAGUGAUGCCUAAGGAUUGAUUGCCUGUGUGCUGGAGAUACGUUUGAUACCCAGCCGGUGUGCCCAGCCUAUUGCAUAUCAGUGGUAGACUGUCAGACCAUUUUUGCUGCUAUGGUCACCCACAAUGUCAUUUGUCUGAUACCCAAGUAAAAGGGGAAGGGUGAAUGGGACUGGCCGUCGGUUCCUUUAAAUGUUAACUUAUGGAAAUGCUAGUUCAAACGGUAACGUCACAGUGUUUUGUAUGCAGAGAGGGAGAGUUCAUACCGACAGCUAUUUAUUCAUAUGCGUGUGUGUCUUUGCUGCCGUUGAGUUCUCUGUAUCUACUGUGUAUGUGAAUGGUCACGUGGGACUCAGUGUUGUUGUGACUUUGACUUUGACCUAAGGCCCGAGUGUAACUGCUGAUCUCGGCACUCGUUGGCACAGUGGUAGUUAGAGGUGAAAAGUAAAGCUGCCAAGUCCAAGGGCUUAGCUUUAGGCACCCCCUGAGCUGAGUGGAUAGCAGAAGUAAGUUUUUAAGUAGUCCACCCUCUUCUUUGCCUCCCCAUGUAGCUCAGUGUUCAGGAAGCUAGCACGUCCUAGGGAUUUCCAGAAGUAGCCUGCAGCAGAAGAGAAGUUCAGAGGCAUGCUCUGGGAGUCCUGGCCUGCUCACGCCCAGUGGGCCAUUGUAUAGUUCUCCAAAGACCAGCCUUGUCUCCGGCCUGCCGUUCACCUCUAAGUCGUAUACAACUCAACCUGCAUCCCUCUAUAUCCAUAUUCACCGUGGGCUGAUUUGAAGCCCUAAGUGGAUGGGCCCUGAUUGCUGACCGAAAGUAGGCUACCCAGGGCUACGUGUAGAUACCUCACCAACGCUGGAGGCUGGCCUGUUGUAAGACAGUGGGCCCGAGUAUAACUUGGUCAGGGGCCACCCUGGUUCAUUUGUUGUCUCUAUCUGCAGGUAGGCUGGCUGGCCGUCUCUUUGAUUCGUUCCCUUUGGGAAACCCAGCUCACAGUAUUAAUCUCCUUUUUUGCCUUGUACUGAAUGACACAUUACCUCCACGCUCUCCCGGACUAGACGGUUAACAGGGCCACAGAGUUGCUUUCUCUCUUAGGUGGGGAUGAGGAGUUGACAGGGAUGAGGGUCCAAGGAAUGAGCAUGAAUGGCAAGAAAACAAGGGGAAAGUUAAACCGUCACCCAGAAGGUUAACUUUUCCAGGGUUUGCAGUUAAAGGUGUUCGACCAUUCGCUGGCUGAGCCAGACCACGGGAACUUGAGAGCUUUUACUGUGAUUCUUCGAUGUAAAAAAUAAACAAACAACAAUGUCAAACUGUGUUUAUAUGAUUUGUAUAAAGCCUUUCUAAGAUUACUAUUUAAAUAAACAUUAUACCAGAGAUA